ACACUUUCCCACUUUCUGGAGAAAAAUGUCUGUUUGCUCGGAAGAGAGCUGGAAAACCCGCUGCAUUGUCUGUGUCCGCCAAACUCUAAGGCGGUGGCGAACCAAGACGCGCCUAAUCCACGUCAAUGAUGGACACUUCACCAUCGCUGUGGGGCCCAGCCACAGGAGAGUCGUCAUUCCGACAUCGCACCUCAUCCACCCAACAUUCAGGUACCUGCUCGCGAAAACCGAAGAAGAGUACGGUUUCACCAACAACGGGCCGUUAACGAUCCCCUGCGACGAGAAGCUCUUCGAAGAGAUAAUCCGAUCGAUUUCCCGAUCUGAUCCGCCGUCGAACGCUGCCCGUUCCAACUGAGGCUGCAGCUUUGGCAUGAAGAAAAAUUUCCGGUUCUGUGGCGAUUCUGAGUCUCUACUGUUGCUUCGUGGGUUUGCUGAUGAAUAGGUGUAUUGAAUAUAUAUUGUU